GGUGUUUCGACCGCGAUCCUGCCGACUUUGCUCUGAUUAUUUGCUGGCAGUGAUAAGGCUAGGGAGGCCUCUGAUUUAACCCUAGAAACUCUUAGAAAUCCCGUUGAUACAUCCUCGACGAACAGUACUGUCUCUUCCUACACGAACUACACCAACGAUGUCUUCGACCUUUCUGCGCUCUCUCUCAGCACAAAAGGCGGUUACAUAUGGAUUGGGGGCCUCCAGAAGACUGGGAUCACUGGACUCUGCACGCGUAGCACACCGUCACUUUACCACCAUCCUCAAUACUGCACAUCCAGCACGCCAACUCCGGUCUCGUUAUGCGUCUUCCGCCGCUUCUCUGCGUCAUGCCGUAGGGGCGAGCAGAGGAAUAUCGUAUGGAGCUAUACCGAGGUUCGUGCUGAGAGCAUUCAGGGUCCCCAUAGCAGGAGCUACGAUCGGUGCGGGAGGUUUGACUUAUGCGAACUACAGGUUCGAAGAGUUCAGAAAACAAUCUGAAGGAUGGAUAAAUAGCGUCAAGGAUACCGCGACUGACAUCUUCGACACUGCUUCCGAUGGCCUUAAAUCCGUGCAGGGCUCUGUUGCCGGCGUGCAGAUCCCCAAAUUCGAAACUCCCCAAUUUCUGAAGGAUCUCUUCUCUGGAAGUGGCAAGGAAGAAGGGUCUUCGUCCCAUGGCGAAUCCUCUGGCGGCCACGACAAUGGAAAUGGCAAGAAACCCGACCCCGAUCCCUCGGCCAUCGCAGCUCUUGUCGCCGCCACUCUCGCCUCUCCAUCAGACUCGCAAAUUACCAUCGAAGAUAUCGAUGAUCCAUCUUCGUUUGGAUCUAGCGGGGGAGAUAGCGGACUGAUGCAUCUGACGAGGAAACUGAUCGAGAUUCGGACAAUGCUGUUAAGCAUCGACCAGAGCGACGCGCUAAAGCUGCCCAGUAUCGUUGUGAUCGGGAGUCAGAGCUCUGGUAAGAGUUCAGUGCUGGAAGCCAUCGUUGGACAUGAGUUUUUGCCAAAAGGCAACAACAUGGUCACCCGCCGGCCCAUCGAACUCACUCUCAUCCACACACCCUCCACUCCCGGCUUCGUCGAAUACGGUGAAUUCCCCGCUCUAGGCCUCGGCCGUAUAACCGACUUCACGCAGAUCCAAAAAACCCUCACCGACCUCAACCUUGCCGUCCCCUCCUCCGAAGCCGUCUCCAACGAGCCCAUCGACCUCCGAAUCUACUCCCCCUACGUCCCCGACCUCACUCUCAUCGACCUCCCUGGCUACGUCCAGAUCUCAUCCUUGGACCAGCCCGAAUCCCUCAAGGAGAAGAUCGCGGCGCUGUGCGACAGGUAUAUCCGGGAGCCGAAUAUCAUUUUGGCGGUGUGUGCAGCGGAUGUGGAUUUGGCGAAUUCGCCGGCGCUGAGGGCGAGUAGGAAGGUCGACCCGCUAGGAUUGAGGACGAUCGGAGUGAUCACGAAGAUGGAUCUCGUUCCGCCUAGGGAUGGAGCGAUGAUCCUCUCUGGUAACCGGUACCCGCUUCACUUGGGAUACGUGGGCGUCGUGUGCAAGCCGUCAGGGAAGAAGGGAAAGAAGGAGUCGAUGGAGCUGGUUGCGAAGAGGGGGGACGACUAUUUCAGGGCGAACCGGGAGGUCUUCUUCGCUGGCCCGACUUCGCAUUCGAGCUCACCGUUGAUGGUCGGGACGGAUACGUUGCGGAAGCGGUUAAUGGAGGUUCUGGAGAGCAGCAUGGCAUCAUCGUUGCAUGGGAUCACGAACGCGGUUCAACUCGAACUCGAAGAGGCGCAGUACCAGUUCAAGGUCCAAUACAACGACAGACGCAUCUCGCCUGAGUCGUACGUCGCCGAGACCAUAGACUUGCUCAAGGCGCGCUUCAAAGAAUUCACGGCGCAGUUCAAGAAACCGGCGGUCAGGGAGAAACUGAAGAUGAUGCUGGACGAGAAGGUGAUGGGUGUCCUGGAGCAGAUAUAUUGGAACGAUAAGCGGGUGACGGAGUUUUCGACGAUGGGGACGGAUAGUAAGGUCAAGCCGGAGGAGGUGGAGCCGUAUUGGAGGUAUAAGCUCGAGGCGGCGAGUUCGUUGUUAACGAAGUCGGGAGUCGGGAGGGAUUCGACGCUGUUGGUCGCAGAUGGAUUGAGGGCGCUGAUCGAUAACAUUGCGGCUGGCGAACCCUUCACGCAUCAUCCGAAGGCGUCGGAACGAUUGGUCGAAUUUGCGCAUAUGAUUCUUAGGGAUCGGAUUCCACUUACCGCGGACCAGGUCGAGAAUUGCAUUAAGCCGUAUAAGUACGAGGUCGAGGUUGAGGAAAGGGAGUGGGAGAAUGGGAGGAAGAACGCGAUGGAGUUAUUCCAGAGGGAGAUGGAGAUGUGUGAGGGGAAGUUGAAGGAUAUUAGGAAGAGAGUGGGAGGGAGUAGGAGGUUGAACAAUCUGAUGGGGUACGUGAGGGAGUUGGAGGAGAGGGAGAGGGAAAGGAAGAAGAAGAGGUUUGAGAGCCUGGGGAAGGGUAUUGAAGAGCUGCCCUUGGGGCCGACCGCGGAGGAAUCGUACAAGUAUCCUCCGGGCCAGAUUCUUGACGCUCGCCACGCAGCUCUAUACACCGAUCGCCUUGGGAUUCUCAAGCUUCGGCUUACAGCACUCAAGUCCAAACGAUGCAAAGCUGGCCCAGAGAACGACCUCCUCUGCCCCGAAGCCUUCCUCAACGUCGUGGCCGACAAGCUCGCCUACACCUCCGCCAUGUUCAUCAGCAUCGAGCUCCUCGACCAGUUCUUCUACCAAUUCCCGAGGGAGAUCGAUUCGAGACUGCUUUAUGACCUGGACAGGAACGAUAUCGUAGAGUUUGCGAAGCAGAAUCCUGAGGUGAAGAAGCACCUGGACCUGCAGGAGAGGAAAGAUAAGCUUGAGGAGGUUAUGAAGCAGCUGAAUAGCUUGUCGACGCUUCGGGCUGAUGUACAGCCCGCACCCCGUCGGCCUCGAGGCCUCUUCGGUGGGAUCUUCUGAUCUCAAUGGUCCUUUACUUCUUUAUCUCUCUUGCUUUUCUUUCUCUACUUCGCUCUCUUCUGGUAUUCUUCUCUGCUGCUCCUAUCACUGUAUACGGUUAGAUUUCGUCACUACGCUAUAUGGCACCGUACGUUCGAUAUCCUGCAAUCUCGUUCUUCUCUUAACUUGGAUGGCUCUCUUGUUUAUGGUUAUAAUUUCGAGGCAGAGUGACUGCUUACUGUCUUAUACCACCGCUCAAAUUUAUGGAGUAUUGUUUCGACA